AUUCCUUGAUUUGAAUAUGCCGGAAGGAGUGAAUGUGAGCGACGCGCUCCUCAACUGCAGCACGCAGACCUCGCUCGCGGGUAACGAAGACUGCAAAUAUUAUUACCACGAAUUUGAUUUCGAACUGGUACACAGUAUCGUGGUGGUGGUGGUACCUUUAUUCUUUGGGAUAAUUGGCAUUCUCGGCCUCGCCGGGAAUCUGCUAGUGAUCGUGGUGGUGGCGGCGAAUCCCGGCAUGAGGUCGACCACGAACAUUCUGAUUAUUAACCUCGCUGUGGCUGACUUGUUGUUUGUUAUAUUUUGCAUACCCUUCACGGCUACCGACUUUGUGCUCCCCUACUGGCCGUUCGGCAAUGUCUGGUGUAAGAUCGUCCAGUAUCUGAUCAUCGUCACUGCUUACGCCAGCAUUUAUACCCUCGUCUUGAUGAGUCUCGACAGGUAUCUGGCGGUGGUCCAUCCGAUCGCGUCGAUGUCAUGGAGGACGGAGAAUCACGCCAUACGGGCGAUCGGCGUCGUAUGGCUGGUAAUCCUGGCGUUGUCCGCGCCCGCGCUCGUAAUUCAUGGCGAGAUGCACUUCGUAUUCCAGGAGGAGAACGGCCCGUUAACGAAUCUGACGGCCUGCCGGAUUCUGGAUCAGGACGACUGGACCUCCUAUCAGGUGUCGUUCUUCCUGAUGAGCUACGUGUUGCCCCUGGUGCUAAUAAGCAUCUUUUACAUGCUCAUGCUGGUUAAGCUGUGGCGCGCCGCGCGCGUCAGCGCCGAGAGCCGCCGCGGGAGGAGGCGGGUCACCAGGCUCGUCUUCGUCGUCGUCGGCGUCUUCGCCAUCUGCUGGUUCCCCAUACAGGUGAUACUGGUGAUGAAGUCCCUGGAUAAGUUCCCGCUUACCACGGCGAUGGUGAUGGUGCAGGUAGUCAGUCAUAUCCUCGCCUACACCAACAGCUGCAUUAACCCCUUCCUGUACGCCUUCCUCAGCGAUAACUUCCGCAAAGCCUUCCGAAAGAUCAUUUAUUUCAGACCACAGGCCACAGAGCCGAACAGUCGGAUCGGACCAGCGACAAGGACUACAAGAGCUGCCAGUACUGGCGAUAUUCUCUAGACCUCGUGUGAAAAUUCAUCGUGGACGGACCUUGCUCAACGCUGUGUUAAAGGGAUACGAGAUAUAUUCACGGUCGAAUAGAGGCCGUACGGUCUAUGGAGUGUUCGAUGUUCGACGACAAGUGCACGUUCUGUGAUCCAAUUAACUUGUUAAUUCGCGAAGAGGCUCGAAAUUAUAUCAACGAAUACUGUUAAAUGUAUAAAUGUAUAAUAAAUGUAUAAUAAAGAAGC